AUGUCUUCCUCUUCUUCUACCAUGUUCUUCCAACAUUUUCUAGGGCACUUCUACUCAAGAAGAUUGCUACUACACACUCCUCUUUAUUCGUCACCUGCUAUGGCAACCCCUCCCGUAAUGGUCCUAGUAGUCCUCUUGUGUGCCCUAAUAUGCUCACUAGCUUUAGGAUUGCUUUCCAUCAUUAGGUGUGCUUUAAAGCGCACAAAUUUAGGAGCCUCUGAGACUAUGAAUAACCCGGCGCCUAAGUUGGCCAAUGUAGGCAUCAAGAAAAAGGUUCUCAGCACUUUCCCAACACUGAUUUAUUCAGAUGGGUUGAAUCAGCCAGGCUUGGACAACGAGUGUGUGAUUUGUCUUUCGGAGUUCACACACGGUGAGUGUGUACGAGUCCUUCCCAAAUGCAACCAUGGGUUUCAUGUUCGGUGCAUCGAUGAGUGGCUCAAUUCGCAUUCCUCGUGCCCUACUUGUAGGCAUUGUCUCGUUGAAAGGGGCACCCGAGCUAACUCAUCAAGGCUGCUAUCACCACCACCACCACCACCACCACCACCACCACCACCACUAUCACGAUUGGACACAAUAAUAAGCAUUGUCCCACUAGAGCCUGAAGGAUUGAAACGGAAUUACAGAAAUGAUCAAGCAUUGUCCCAUGCUUGUUCAGUUCAGUUAAAUUAG